CUUUGUCCCGCUACAAAGUACACGUGUCGGGUUCAGGCGACAGACAAAUGCGCACAAAUCAGAGUGAAGCUCACUGAAGGCUGGCACAACUAUUUCCUUAUUGUAGUUUUAUUUACCUUCAGACAAUCUUACACUUCUAACUGCAGCCGUGAGUGAGUUUCUCAGAGGGAGUCGAGGCGUGGCUUUCACGCAGGCGUGGCACGCAGAAGUUCUCUUUCUGCUCUUUGUCGACUGGCGACAACACACGCUGAAUGAAUCUUGGCUCAAGGAGGAAACGAUGAUGAAUGGCAUCAUUUAAAGGCUGGAGAUUUCUUAUUGGCCAUAUUUAAGCGAUUGAAGGUAUCUGGGGCAGGACAACUGUCUGGUUAAGGUACAUUCUUCAGAAGAAUUUAAGGAUCAUGGGCCUCCUGAAGCUGCUGAAGUCCCAGUUGCUGUGCCACCUGAUCAUCUGCUAUGUGUUCCUGGUCAGCGGCAUCAUCGUCAACCUGUUGCAGAUCUGUACUUCACCCCUGUGGCUGGUCAGUAAACAGCUGGCACGCAGGAUCAACAUCCGACUGGGUUACUGCAUCAGCAGCCAGAUGGUGGCUACCCUGGAUUGGUGGUCUGGGACAGAAUGCACACUCUACACGGACCCAAAGACGUAUCCACUGUAUGGAAAGGAGAAUGCAAUCGUGGUACUGAAUCACAGUUACGAUAUUGACUUCCUGUGCGGCUGGGCCUUCUGUGACAGAUUUGGAGUCCUUGGGAGCUCCAAAGUGUUAGCCAAACAGGAGUUGAGAUAUGUUCCUGUUAUUGGCUGGAUGUGGUACUUCCUGGAGAUAGUUUUCUGCAAGAGGAAGUGGGAAGAGGACCGAAGGACGGUGGCUCAGAGUCUUCAGAAUUUGCGAGACUACCCGGAGAACUACUGGUUCUUGCUUUUCUGUGAAGGAACCCGCUUCACACCAAAGAAACACCAGAUCAGCAUGCAUGUGGCUGAGAGCAAAGGUUUACCCAAACUGAAGUAUCAUCUUCUGCCCAGGACCAAAGGGUUCUGGGUAACUGUCCAAAACCUCAGAGGCACUGCUGCAGCUGUUUAUGAUUCCACUCUGAACUUCAGAAACAACGAGGUGCCCACCUUGCUUGGAGUGCUUAAUGGGAAGAAGUAUCACGCCGAUUUAUAUGUGAGGAGAAUCCCUCUGGAGUCGAUCCCAGAGGACGAGGCAGAGUGUUCUUCGUGGCUUCACAAACUCUACCAGGAAAAGGACAGCUUUCAGGAGCACUACACACAAACGGGGCGUUUUCCGGGCCCCACAGUGAGCCCUCCGCGUCGACCCUGGGCCUUGAUCAACUGGCUGUUCUGGGCCUGCUUGCUCCUCUACCCACUCGGCCUGCUCCUCGCUCAGCUGACCACCUCUGGAUCGACGCUCUCCAUCUCAGCCUCUGUGGCUCUCUGCUCUGCAGUUUCACUGGGAGUUCGCUGGAUGAUCGGCCAGACGGAGAUUGGCAGAGGUUCAAACUACGGGAGCAAGGAGUUCCCUCUAAAUAAUAACUGAAGAGUCCCCGACAUACUGAGAGCUGCUACUUUGCACUGACUAAUCCAUAAACUACAGGCAACCGGAUGUGUCAGCACCGUCUGACUGGUCUGGUCCGACAGGUUUCAACCGGUUUUCCUCGCACAAUGUAGGUAGCAAAGUUUUAUCUGAACACAAUUUCAAUUUUUGCAUGUAAAUGUUUGAAUACAGUAAAAAAGAAAACCGGUUCAAUCAACAUUCGAGCCUAAAGUAAAGUCUUAAAUGGACUACCUCAGCUAUUGUAAUUUAAAGCAUGAAUGGAAUUUUUUAUGUUGAAAGAUAUUACACAUUUCUUUUAAAAAGAAAAGGAAACACGUUGUGUAUCAUCAUAACAUCAAAAUACAUUAGGUCCUUGGCACGGCAUAUUUUAUGUUUAGGGAAUUUUCACAUUCACAAAAAGAGAUGUGUGCACUCCAAAUCACUUUCAUUAAGGGUUGUGUCAAUUUGUCACCAUGAUAAAAACAUUGAUAUUAAAAAUGUAUUAAUUACUUUUGUAUUUGAGAAAUUUGUUGCGGACCAAUUUACAGUUUUAUUUUUUAAUAUAAAAUAAUAAGAGCUUGGAGAAGUUGAGGGAAAUGUUGGAACGCAUGAUUAAUCGGCCAAAUUAACUCCAUACUCGGAAGCUGGAUUGAUUUUGUUGCUGGGCAACUUCCCCAUGGUGUUUUUAUGACAUACUAUACUUACUGAAACCAUAAUCAAAAUAUCCAGACAAUAUUUUGUUUUACUGGCGUGUCUUCACUCUUAGUUUGUCCAAUAUCCUUUUAGAUUUCUUUUUGGAGGUCCUGAUCAUAUAUAUUCAGUUUGUGAAAGAAAUGGACUUCUAUAGUUAAUUCCUAUGCCACCAUCCUUAUUGACUAAAAUUGGAGAGCAGUUUGUAAUUCCCACGAAAAUAGUAAUUUAGUGUUUUGUUAGUGUAAAAAUGACAGAACCGGCAAUAUCUGUAAAAUCACAAUUUAAAAGUUAUAUAUAAAAAGAACGCAUGCAAAUUACUACUUUCAAGUCUGAUAUGUUUAAUUUAUUUGCUUGUCUUGUAAAUAACUAAUUUUUUUUAGCAUUUCUUUGUGCCUGACUUUUUCGUUAAUGGUCCUAAAAAUGUCCUCAUUCCCAUACAUGCUUUUUAUGGUUUUGGUCCAGUGACUUUGCAGCCACUUUAACUUAAACUUGUUUUCAAAGCAUAUAGUCCUUGAAAAGAACUUUGAUCCAGUUCGUCUUUACUUUUAUCUAUAGGUGAAACUAAGUGAUCGUGUAAUACUAAUAAAUAUUUUUAAUAAUGGAAGAACACAAACAAAUUUCAUUAAAAAAGAAAAAGAUUGGUUUAUUAAUAUUGUUUGUACAUAGCAAACACUGACAGAGCAGCAGAGGACCAGACGUUGUGGUGUGUGUGUGUGUGUGCGUCAGUGUUUGGUUAUGUGGGUGUGUUUUUUGUGUGCAGCAGCAGGGAGGGAGCGCCGGCCCGUUUCUCCUUAGUUGGCUGCGCUCCAGUCACGUGAACAGCCCUCUAACGGCGACCAGCAGACUUGAACAUCGCUCCAACUCGACAUUGACUUCUCAGCA